CGUUUGGCGGGAAAGAUUGGAAGCACAUGUCAAUCACGUGACUACAUGAUCUGAUCAAAAUGUCGGACAGUGAAGAAGGCACACAAACAAUGCCGGUUUUGAAUAAACGUCCGCGUUUAUCAAUUAUACAACAAAAUGAUGGUUCAGGGGAUGAUACGGAUGAUGUGUCAAGUACAGUAAGCACACUUCAAGAUGACACUCAGUCGGACACACCCACUAUACCAGGUCUUAAACGUGGAGGGAAGAAUAAGAAGACAAAGCAAAAACUCAAAUUCAAAUGUACGAACUGGCUUAAGGAGGACCACAAGAAGCCAAUAUUUGGAAUAUUAUUCAACACUUUUCAUGGGGAGAAUGAUCCUCUUCUGUUUAUUACAGUAGGACACAAUAGGGUAACACUAUAUGAAUGUCUGGCAGAAGGAAAGAUCAAAUUACUUCAGGCAUAUGCAGACCCUUCUCAAGAAGAGAACUAUUACUGUGGAGCCUGGACAUAUGAUGAUGAGACAAAUCAGCCUCUUAUGUGUGUAGCGGGCUUGAGGGGUAUUGUUAGAGUGAUCAGUCCUAUCUCUCAGCAGUGUAUCAAGCAUUUUAUUGGCCAUGGAGCUGCAGUGAAUGAACUGAAAAUUCAUCCAAGUGAUCAUAACAUGCUGUUGUCUGUAUCCAGAGACAACACAAUGCGACUAUGGAACGUGAAGAUGUCAACAUGUGUUGUGAUAUUUGGUGGUGUUGACGGACAUAGAGAUGAGGUCCUUAGUGCUGAUUUCAACAUACAUGGUACCAAGCUUAUAUCAUGUGGUAUGGACCAUUCUCUCAAAAUGUGGAAAACUGAUACACAGGUUAUACUUAAUGCAAUGAAAGAAUCUUACACAUAUAAUGCAGCACAAAUGAACGCACCAUAUCCAACGCACAACCAGAAUUUUCCUGACUUUUCCACCAGGGAUAUUCACAGAAACUAUGUAGACUGCGUGAGGUGGCUGGGCAACUUUGUGUUAUCUAAGUCUUGUGAAAACUGUAUAAUUCUGUGGAAAGCUGGUACGUUAGAAGAUAAGGAAUGGCGGGUAAAGGAGGGUAAAGUGAGCAUUCUCCAUCGGUUUGAUUACAAGGAAUGUGACAUCUGGUACAUGAGGUUCUCCCUUGACGCACAACAAAAAACAAUGGCACUGGGAAACCAAGUUGGUAGAAUAUUUGUCUGGGACAUAGAUGUUGAGGAUCCUGUACUAGCCAAAUGUUCAGUGCUGACACACAACAAAUGUUACUCUGCUGUCAGGCAGACAUGCUUCUCCGCAGACGGGGACACACUGCUAGCUGUAUGUGAUGAUGGUACCAUAUGGCGCUGGGAUAAAGUUAAAUGAGAUAACAGUUCAUGAUUCUGUGUUGUGACCAAUCAGUUCAUAAAACUUAAAAAUCAUCAGAGACAUGAAUGCGCAGCUGUAGGCCUUUCCUAGAGCUUGAAACAAUUUUGCCUUAUUUUGCCAAAACUGAAGCUUUAAAGGCAUACACUAGAAUUCGGGGCAAAAUUUUUCCCAGUAAUAGAAUUUCUUCAAACUUUGGAUAUUGAAGGACAAUCAUCUAAGAAAGAAAAAUAUGCAAUAAAAAUCAUAGGUCACUGGUAUUGAAAAAGAGCUAUCUGUCCUUGAAAAUGGGAAAAUUUUCGCCCAUCUCGUAUACAGGGAAUUCUAGCGUACGCCUUUAAAGCCAUGUUUGUAGUUGGGUCUUUUUGAGGCAAUAUGCUGAUACCAGUUUCAGAAUUCAUUUGUCACAUUUGGGAACUUGUCUACUUUAUGCAAAUGAUGAAUGACAAAAAGGCUGUUUUUUUCGACUUUUGUUAUUAAGGAGGUAGGUUACCUUGUUACAAGGGUAAAUUCAAAUUAGUUGAACCGCAGCAUAUUCUUGUAUUUUGUGUAAUAUGAAGUUUUAACUGCUACAAUCUCAAUUUCGUUUGUCUCUGUCUCUUCAAGUUCAGUUUUUAUCCAGGUUUGAAGAACAUGACCCUUCAAUGGUAUUCCAUAUUGAAAGAAGAAGGAAAAUACGGAUAUUUAACACUUUUCAGUGUAUUUUAGUUUCAUUGAUAUCCGUAGAAGUCUGCAUAAUUGAUAAUUUUACUAGUAUGCACGUUAGCUUUCUAAUAUAAGCUUAAAAUGUAUAUGUCGCAGGGCUCGUGUUUCCGUGGUAACGCAUUUUCUCUCAUUUUUAAACAACUAUGUAUAAAAAUAGGGGGUUUCGACGGCUUCAGUGCCAUUCUCUUAAUGACCAACAUGGAAUAUUUGGGAAAUAUUAUAAGCAAAAUACCAAGCACUUUACAUGAUACCCUAUUUUUCUUAAAGUUUAAAGUAACCAUGGCAACAGAGAUGUUUAAAAUAGCUUAUAUCUUGCUUUUUUGCCGUAAUUUCUUAUAAAAAAUAUUGAAUAAGAUUAUCUUUCUGGUUAAUGUAGCUUUAAAACAUAUCAUUUCUAAUGCAAGUUAUAUUUUCGUGUUAUUUGCAUUUAUUCAAACAAAUUUCACAGCUUAGAAUACUUACAGCAGUACCCCUCGUCUGGCAUUUUUCGUGGAAAAAUCGUUCAGCAUGCUGCUAUUAUUCUCAUGGAUAUUGUUGAAAUGAAAAUAAAAAGCCGAAGCUGUGUUUCUUAAAUAGA